AUGACCGAGAGAUACCCCGAGGAAGACCGCAACAUCAGCGAGAUGCCUCUAGAACACAACAUAGAAGGCAACGGCAAUAUGAUGAAAAUGAGGCCGACAUGGAGGAUGAUCGAGAUGCUCGAUUUGAAAGGUGAAAUGGAGGCUGAAGGAAACCAACAAUUCAAGAGAGGUUUCCUGGUUCUGGGCAAGGCUUCCGGCUGCCCCAGCUCGGCUGCCUGUCUUAGUAACCACCGGUGGUCCUUCUCCGCCGCAGGCCGGUUAAACCAACCUUACCGAGCCUGCAAGUCUCCGUUGCGAGGUUUUCUUGCUGUCUUUGGCUUGCUCAUCAGUAGCCGAGAAUCGCUUCUUCGCCGACCUCGGUGGAGUUCGUUGAUUAAAUUAGAUUUCUCUUCGUUGACGGCGCCCCUCGCGAAUGCGAUCUCUCUCGACGGAGCCCCUCGCAUCGAUGGCGCCGCCGCCGCAGCCGCCGGACCGGACGGGGGAGGAGGAGAUCGGCAGGGCGGCGAUGCUCCAGGCGCAGCAGCCGCGGCGGAAGGGGAUCGGGACCCGGGCGUGGCUGAUCGUGUCGGAGUCCGGGCAGUCGCCCGUCGAGGAGAUCGGAAGCACGCCAUCAUGCGCCGCACCGGCCUCCCGGCGCACGACCUCCGGGUGCUCGACCCGGUGCUGUCGUACCCGUCCUCGAUCCUCGGCCGGGAGCGGGCGGUCGUCGUGAACCUGGAGCACAUCAAGGCCGUGAUCACCGCCAAGGAGGUCCUGAUGAUCAACACCAACAGCCCUCUGGUUUACCAGUUCGUCCAGGACCUCCAGCGCCGGGUUUCUAGCUCCAAUUGCGCUGCUCAAUAGGUGAGGCUCUAGGCCGAGGUGAGAUGGUUCGGAUUCCGUGUUGUCGUCGGCGGCUUAUGCACAAACCUUGAGGUAGGGGGCGGAUUAGAAGGACAUGUGAGAAAUCCGCAUGACAUCUUGUAGGUUGCAAGAGAUAUUUGCUAAAAUUCUACAAGUAGUAUCGAUUGACCGUCUGUCGUUUGAGGUUUCGAAGUAUGUUCGGAAUUGUGUGGUUCAUCAUGUUGUGUUAAGUGCAGCUUGUUUACAGAGUCAAUCGCGGUUUACUGUUAUUUACCAGUUUGCUCUUUAUAUGGCCUCUGCCAGUAGUGUUAAGUGAAUUAUAUUGUCUUUUUACCUAA